AUGACGAAUUUGUGGGCUAUGGCAAAUUCUGACUGGGAAAAUCGUCGUCCCUUAACGCAACGUGAGUUACAAAAUGAGGUCGACAAUGUGUGGCAAAAUGAAGAUGAGGCAGAUAAUGACGAAGACUUGUUUGGUGAAUUAUCUGACAGGGACGAAGAUUAUGUCGAUGAACAACAGUCUGAUACUGACAAUGAACAGAGUGAUGAUGGUGAUGAAGUUGUGUUACAGAAUCCUGGUAUAUCGAGCAGGAACACUGCUAGUAUAAUGGGCAAAAACGGUCAUCGCUGGAGUACCAAAAUACCAGAACGCAGAGGCCGCACAACGAGAGACAAUAUUGUUUUACAUAUGCCCGGUCCUAAACAACAGGCGAGAUUAGUUCGCUCUCCAAUAGAAGCAUGGGAGCUAUUAUUUAACCAAGAAAUGUUAGUAAUAAAUACAGAUAACUAG